AUUAUAUCCUGAACUAGUUUUGUUUUUAUUUGCUGAGUGCAAUUUAGCCGAUGGACUCCAUUCUAAAAGUGUGAACAAAAUGUCACAGUUUAAUUGAUACAGAUACCAAUAUAAUCAAGUAUGGUAAAACUUGACAAUUAAAGGCACAAAAUCAGAGGAUUGAAUUGAAUUAGAUUCUUUUGAUUUAAUACCAUGCAUGUAUGAUCUCUCGUAUAUAUGUACAUCAUUUCAUCUUGAUCUCAACAGAAAGUAAGAAAAUAAACUGCAGUGACCUUUAAUUCAAUUUAGAAGAAAAUGGGAAAAUUACGAGCACCUUCCUCUUGCCUCCUCUCAUGUCUCCUUGUCCUAUUCUUGAGUUCAGUUUCAGCAGUCACAGAUGAUCCUCAAGAUAGACAGGUGUAUAUCGUCUACAUGGGUUCACUUCCCUCUCGAGCAGACUACACACCAAUGUCCGAUCACAUGAGUAUUCUUCAAGAGGUCACAGGAGAAAGUUCGAACGAAGGUCGUUUGGUGAGAAGUUACAAGAGGAGUUUUAACGGGUUCGCUGCCCGACUCACUGCGUCGGAGCUCGAACGAGUAUCAGAAAUGGAGGGAGUUGUGUCUGUAUUCCCGAACAAAAUGUUACAACUCCAUACAACUCAGUCGUGGGACUUCAUGGGUUUAAAGCAAGGUAAGGGGACGAAGAGGAACCCAACCGUGGAAAGUGAUACCAUUAUUGGAGUUAUCGACACUGGGAUCACACCGGAAUCUGAGAGCUUUUCCGACAAAGGCUUUGGUCCUCCUCCUGCGAAAUGGAAAGGUGUUUGUUCUGGCGGUGAAAACUUCACAUGCAACAAUAAGUUGAUUGGGGCAAGAGACUACACAAGCGAAGGUGCUAGGGACACUGAAGGCCAUGGUACACACACAGCGUCUACUGCGGCUGGAAACGCAGUCGCGGACACAAGCUUCUUUGGGAUCGGCAAUGGAACAGCGAGAGGAGGCGUUCCGGCUUCUAGAAUCGCCGCUUACAAAGUAUGUACCCCGACGGGAUGUAGCUCAGAAUCUCUCUUGUCUGCAUUCGAUGACGCGAUUGCUGACGGUGUGGACCUCCUCACCAUCUCUAUCGGGGGUAAAAAGGCGUCCAUGUUCGAAAGUGACCCGGUCGCCAUAGGGGCUUUCCACGCUAUGGCCAAAGGAAUUCUCACUGUUACCGCGGCUGGUAACAGCGGUCCUCAAGAUAGUACAACCUCGGCUGUAGCGCCGUGGAUGUUAACUGUUGCAGCUAGUACCACAGACCGUUCGUUUGUCACCAAAGUUGUUCUAGGAAACAACAAGACACUUGUCGGGAAGUCAGUGAAUGCUUUUGAUAUGAAAGGAAAGAAGUAUUCAUUGGUGUACGGAAAAUCUGCUGCUUCCUCUGCUUGCAGUGCGGAAACCGCAGAGCUAUGUAAGCCAGAGUGUCUAAAACAAUCACUUGUGAAAGGAAAGAUCUUAGUGUGUAGUAGUCCUGGUGGUUUGAAAGUAGUUAAAUCAGUUGGAGCUAUUGCAAUCAUUUACAAAAGCCCUAAGCCAGACGUCGCCUUUGUUCACCCUUUACCUGCUUCUGGUUUGCCAGAAAAAGAAUUUGAAUCUUUAGUCUCUUACAUUGAGUCUGAAAAUUCUCCACAAGCGGCUAUUCUAAAAACAGAAGCAAUCUUCAAUCGUACAUCUCCUCUAAUUGGUUCCUUCUCUUCUCGUGGUCCAAACACCAUCGCUGUGGAUAUUCUCAAGCCGGAUAUAACAGCACCGGGAGUUGAGAUUCUUGCAGCAUAUUCACCGGAUGGUGAACCAUCUGAAUAUGACACUAGACAUGUGAAGUACGCUGUUCUCUCAGGAACUUCUAUGGCUUGUCCGCAUGUUGCAGGUGUGGCUUCCUAUGUCAAAACGUUUUACCCUAAAUGGUCUCCCUCCAUGAUUCAGUCUGCUAUCAUGACAACCGCAUGGCCGGUAAAUGCUACUGGAACUGGUAUCGCAUCGACUGAGUUUGCUUAUGGAGCUGGACAUGUCGACCCAAUAGCCUCUCUAAAUCCUGGACUUGUCUACGAACUGAACAAAGCAGAUCACAUCGCCUUUCUAUGCGGCAUGAACUACACUUCAAAUAUCCUUAAAAUCAUCUCUGGUGAAACUGUCACUUGCCCCGAAGAAAAAGAAUAUCAAACAAGAAACCUCAACUAUCCUUCAAUGUCGGCUAAGUUGUCAGGAUCUAAUAACUCCUUCACCGUCACUUUCAACAGAACCGUCACUAAUGUUGGUGCACCGAAGUCUACAUACAAUUCAAAAGUAGUCCCUGGUCAUGGAUCUAAGCUCAGCGUCAACGUCACUCCUAGUGUUCUGUCUUUUAAAACGGUCAACGAGAAGCAAUCGUUCAUGGUAACUGUAACAGGCAAGGAUCUUGACUCAGAACUGCCUUCCUCUGCGAAUCUAAUCUGGUCUGAUGGGAAACAUAACGUUAGAAGUCCUAUUGUUGUUUAUACUGAUGCUAACUAAUGAGGCCUCAUCAGUUCUCCAUAGUCAUCACAAAUAAAUCUUGAUUGUUGUUGUUAUGCUUUUUUAUUAUACUUUGACAAAAAAGUAUAUUAAUACAUGCUUUUUUAUU